UUUGGUUUAUAGUUUAUUUUAUACUAGUUUGGUUUAUAGUUUAAUUUACUGAGGUCGCAGGUCGACGUUAUAGUUUCAUGUUUAUUUUAUUCACACCAUCGUGAUCGUGCACAUUGUAUUGACGUCGCUCAGUGCGAUUGAUCAAAACUUCAACUUCCAUUGUCAAACGAGAGUUGUAGUGAUAAUGAAACAUCUCCAGUGAAAUAAGGUGAGGUGAAGAGAUAAGUAAGUUAGAUGACUCAUGUCGACGAUUCUUCGUUUUCGUUGACUAGUGAAUCACCUAUACAUACGUUGACGUCAUUCAGAACUCUCCUAAACUGUUGUGUGUAGUUGUGGUUUCAGUUUAAAUAAGUUUGUCUAUAUUCAAUCAAAAUGGACAACGAUUCAAAUAAAACAACUGUACCAUUAUGUAUUAGAAACCUUGAAGAAAGGCUUAAAAACAACAUCGACAAGACACGUUUAGGCCAUGAGUUUGGAGCAGGUGCACCGUGCUUAGUUUGUAAACAGUUAUGCCCUGGACUCGACCUACAUUAUUGGAGAAAUACUUGCAAACUUUGCAAAUGUAAAAAAGAAAUCCAUGACGUAGAUGAGGGUGAAAAUUUAAGAUACCACCUUAUUUUCAACAAUGAAAAUGACAAGAAAACAUCUCUUAGAUCCCUAAUUAAGGAAGAAGACAGGGUCCUGGCCAUCAAGCGGACCAACAACGCAGAAAAACAGAUGAAAUUCGAUUGGAUACCACCUGAGGUUCCUUCAAAUAUCGCCGCUGAUUAUUUGAGCAGCCUCCCUGAGGACAAGUUGCCCGUUACAGGCACAGUUGCAGCAGAAUGUAGGAAAUUGUGCAUCAAGAAACAAUUUCCAAUUCACGACAUUAUACAGAAAUAUGAAGAAAUGCCGAAAACAGAACUGAAAAGAUACUGCACUUUUUUGCAAAAAUUACAACAAAACGCUGGAGUGGGACAAGUUCUACGAGUUACUCACACAAAAAUGCUCCCCUACGCUGAAUAUCCUUUACGAACUAGAGUGGAAGAAAUUAGUGCACCAUUGAGGAAUUUGAAUUUAGGAAUGCAACACCCCGUGAACCCAUUCCCACACAUUUAUACAGUAGAAAAGAAUCUGCAAACAUCGCCAAUGACAGAUAUGAAAAGUCUUGGCAGAACCAUCCCGAUAAUGCCUCCUACAAUUGAUAACGCUUUGACAAAUAAGAUGUGUAAUACUGGUCGAAAGUUUGUAACGUACGCUGGAUGUGAACUUGAAGAUAGCACAAACCAAAACAAUAGUACUGCCUUUGAUGAUGACAGAAGUGGCAUCCUUCCACUCCAGAAAACAACGGUUGAAAAUAGCAAUGCAGAGGGACAAGACGGCCCUAACAUUGGAUUCAAAUCAACCACUCCUAAGCUUAACGAAGGUGGUGAAUUCCCGGACAUAGUUCCAGCACAACCAAGCACAUCCUACAGAGUGGAUAAUGAAAACAACUGCCAAGAGGACAACCCUGUCAGUGAUGUGGCAUCCUCAUGUGUCCUGAACACACAACAUGAUAUUAGGUGUGUCGAGUGCAAGUGUUUCAUAGACGACUCUACAGUUGCCGUAUUCGCUAACAAGAGGAAGACAUAUGAUUUAGCUUGGCACCCUAAGUGUUUUGUCUGUAGUGAGUGCAAAGAAUUGCUUGCUGACCUCAUGUAUGUAUUGGACGAGAAAAACAAAGCAGUCUAUUGUGGGAGGCAUUAUCCCAAAACUCUCAAUAUACACAGAUGCAGCGCUUGCGAUGAGCUGAUCUUCAAUCCACAGUACACCUUUGCCGAAGAUCAAUACUACCAUCUAAACCACUUCUGCUGCAUAGACUGUGACAUUGAGCUUGCAGGCCUAGAGUAUGUGCUCAACGAAGACAACAAAAACCUUCCAACCUGCCUUAAUUGUAUAAAGGACAUUUAUUGUAAGAAAUGCCGCAGGUGUGGAGAUCCUAUAGGCCCCAGAGAACAGGGGCUCAGCCACGAGGGUGUUCACUGGCACCCACGAUGUUUCCAGUGUUCGUCUAAUACAUGCAACAAGCCUUUGUCAGCCAACAGUUUCAUCUUUCAAGGAACAAAGCCUUUCUGCUCGAGGGAAUGUCGUGACCGCAACUGAGAUAUCGUUAUUUUUUCCUACCACUGCAUGGAUAUUAUCACAUUGCCACACCUGUAAACAAUAUGCAAAAUUGUUCAUUUCUGCUCGCUAAAUCAGCUGAUUUCACUGAAGGUUUUUUUCUAUAAAACACUAUCAUCCGAUAAUGCAUGAAUGAAAGUGAAGAAAAAGCCACCAUAACAUAAAUGACAUUUUAUAUAUAACUAAAAAGUUAAUCUGUGAGUAAUGAUAAGUUAAUAAUGGUGGUAGGAAAUUCUUGUAUGCAUUACGAGCACAAACAUUCAUUGCCACUCUAAAAAUGUAUGGCUGCACUCAGCUAAAGCCUUGUGCAACUAUGAUGCACUUUGCGCUCUUAAUAUACAAGCAGCAAUUUGUGCAUUAUGUUUUGUAAUAAAGUCGUAUAGUACUCGUUGAGUCGACACACUUUAAGGCGGCACUUUGGAUAGCCCAGACUGGUUUAAAAUAAAAGUUUCUAAUGGUUGUUUGUAAGUUGUUGGACAAGAGUUUUGAACUGUCAACAUAUUUACUCACCUACACACCAAGACUGUUUUAUAGUUUUAUACAUUCCUUUUGUAUAUUCCUUUAUGUAUUCCUUGUGUUACCAUACCAUAUGCACUUAUGGACUUUUACAAACCAAAUUUACUUUUUAAACUUUAUUUAUUUAAAGUUAGGACAAAGUAUUCCAAGAAUUUAUGUAAUGUUUGAAACUAAUAUUUCUAUAUUUAACAUUUUCAUACUUUCAACUCUUCUCUACGUUUUUCACCUUAACGUUUUCUGCCCAUGUGUUCUUGUAUAAAUAAUAUUCCUACUUAAAAAUGAAAUCAAGAAGGUCCUACUGCAUUCCAUAUUGAAGUGAAAUAUUUAAAAUAUAAGUGAUCUCUAAUGUUUUUAGUAUAUUUCAUCAGUGUUACAACACUCUAUAUAGUCUUAAAAUUUACCUACGUACUUAAAGUUUGUAAUGAUUGUUGAUCAGUUGUUUUGUGGGCUGAAUAGUUAUUUCAUACAUAAUUUUUUAACAAGAGUUUUGAAAAUUUGAAACUUGCCUUAAAACUAAGACUGCUUUACACAUCCCAUGUAUAAAUUCUAUGUUGCCAUAACGCCCAUAACAUGUGUGCUUUUAUAAAUUACAUAUAAUUUUUAAAGUUAAGUUACUUGUUCCAUAUAUACAAAUGUAUAUAACGUUUAAAACUAAUAUUUCUAUUUUUUUCAUACUUUUAAACAGUUUUGUCCUUUAUUUACCUAAAUAGUUAUUUCAACCCAUGUGGUUUGUUCUUGUUUAAAUACCAUCCCUGCCUUAUAGUCUGGAAUUACAUUUAAUAAAACUAUUGUGCUAAUAUUGUUAAGGAAAUUGACAGGAAAGCAAGCUUACCUUUAAAUAAGUCCAUAGAGACACAUAUCAACAACACAAAAGUAUAAAUUUUCGUGGUCACUGACCACUUUUUCAACCACUAGAGAAGUGGUUUAAAGUUUUCUCUAGUGGUUGAAAUAAUGGUCAGUGGCCCGAAAAUGUCCUUAAUAAUUCCUGGCAAAAGCCCUAUAUUUUAAUCAGAUAACCUUAUUGUCCUAGUAUUUAAUUAUAGUCAGAAAAUAUAUCUCAUGGUAAGAUAAAGUUAUUUUUAUUUAUUAGUAAAAAAAAAAUUAAAGUUAAAUUUAAUCUCACAAACUAAAGUCAUGCUUCAUCAUUUCAGCCCUGAAUAAUCUUUUUUUCUGACUAAUAUUGAGAGGAAACAUACUUAUAACACAGCUUUAUUAAAAGUAGUAAACAAGUUAGGCAUAUUGAAGUUUUUGUCACUUAAGUGGUACCAUAAAAUAGAAUAUCUUUAUGAACAUAAACCUUAAAAAGCAAUAACUGUGACAGCAUUUAAAAUCUCACAAUACUUUCGUCAUGCCUUGUGUCGUUUUUGACUUAGUGAUAUAUCAGACGCAGUGCAAGCUUAUCUAGAGAAUUCUAGUAUUGCUUUUAUCUGUCAUCCUUUACAUCGUGCCUAAAUUUGUGGGAUGCACUAAACAAUCCCAUUGAAUACUGACAAUGAUUUUAUAAUAAAUAGUCAACGAUAUAAUGUAUCGCAACUUGAUAAGACUGAAACUUGUAUUAUGGCGUAGCCUCAGUAUCACUAUAAUUGUUAUAAUAGCAUAUUAAGGAGGAUAGCAGCUACCUUACCUUGAAGAAGUGCAGAUAGGCCUUAGAACAAAAAUACAGUUUGUAGUUUUCAAGAGUGUCAUAUAUAGUUAUAGUUUUGGACAAAUGUUUACCUAAAUCGGCAUUAAUUGUUAAUUGAAGUGCCAAAACAUAUUUUUUGACAGUAUAUACUUUUUUAGUAUUUAAGAGUGUAAAAUAAAGUUGUAAUAUUAGACAGCUGUUUUAUCUUAAAACAGCAUUAUUUUCUAUUGGACACAACAUAUUUUUAUAGUCAUUAUAUAUAUUGUAUCAUUAUUGUUUUUUUAUGUAUUUUUAUAAAUUGUUUAUC